AUGGCCCCGAUUCCCAUAACAAUAGUGACGGGGUUCCUCGGAUCAGGAAAAACAACCCUGCUCCUGAACCUAAUCCCCCAACUCCCAAAGACCUACAAGCUCGCCCUCCUCAAGAACGAAUUCGGCGACUUAGCCGUGGACUCCCAACUAGCCUCAACACAAUCCAUCAGCGGCGUGCGCGAACUCCUCAACGGCUGUAUCUGCUGCAACCUCGUCGGCCAACUCAGCGAUGCGCUGGACCAACUCCGCGCCGAAGUGCAACCGGACCGGAUUGUGAUCGAGACCAGCGGCAGCGCAUUCCCUGCCACUCUCGCGAUGGAGGUGAACCGACUCGCGCGUGAGAGCGGACAUUACGUCCUCGAUGGUGUCAUUAGUGUUAUCGAUGUGGAGAACUGGGAGGGGUAUGAGGAUACUUCGUACACGGCGAAGAUCCAGGCGAAGUAUACCGAUUUGAUUGUUUUUAAUAAGUGGGAGGAUUCGCCGGGACGGUUUGAUGUUUGUUUGGAUCGGGUGGGUGAUUUGGAGGUUGAGACGCCUUGGGUUAAGUCGAAUAAGGGGAAGGUUGAUAUGGAUGUGUUGCUUGGUAUUGAUGGGGCUUUGUUUAAGGAGUCGGAGGAUGGGGUUACGGCUGGCCAUGGACAUGAUCAUCACCAUCAGCAUGAUCAUCAGUCUGAGGUGGAGGUUCUUUCUGUUCUUUUGAAGUCGGAUGUUGAGGGCAAGACGGUUGAUGUUGCUGCUCUGGAGCGGUUCCUGUCUUCUGCGUCUCGUGAGGAGGUGUAUCGCAUCAAGGGCAUUGUUCGUUGCUCGAACAAGGAUCUUCCGGUGGAGUCAUCGGAUAAUUCCAUUGCGAGGCAGACCCUCGAGACGGAUGGGGUGCAGUAUUAUAUUCUCAACUGGGCGUUUGGACGCUGGACUUGCACUCCCUCCGCUGUUGUUGCGGAAUCCGCAGACCCGGCUGUCAUUGCGCGCAUUACAUUGAUUUUGGCUCGAUACGAGUCGGCCAAGUGGAAGAAGAAGCUCGAAGCGGGUGGGCUGGUUCAGGCGGGUGAGGGAGAGGGUGUGGAGCUAAGUGUGGAGCGCUUGGUCUAG